AUGAGCACCCCACAGGAAUUGCUUGCACAGAGCAUGUUGGAGAGGCUUCAAACGCGAAUUCAGCAUGUUGUCAAUCAGCAGCCACUCAGCUUGGAUUACCUUGAGUUUGUGUGUUCCCAAGAAGUGGUUCUUUUUAGUGUUGUGUCUGAUCAGGUUCACAUCCCCGAGGCCAUAGGACUCUGCGUGCCUCACAUUGACUGGGAAGACAGUGGACUACUUGAUGACCCUCAUUACGGGGUCACUAUUCCAGAAUCUGGCAACGUGUUGAACCCCGAACAAAUUGUGGCACUGAGGGCAGCCAUAGAUCCAAUGGGACCUUCUGACUCACAUGGCUACGACAUAUAUGUUUCUACGGUCCACCUAAAAGGCUCCAUUCAAGGCUAUGAACAAAAUGCUGGCAACUAA